AUGACCGCUGCACCUCCCAGGAAACGGCAGCGGAGGCUUGUGGUGCAGUCAUCAGAUGACGAAGCAGCAUCCUCAAGCACGUCCACGCUACGCCAGGGCCUCAAGACGCGACUAAACGUUACUCGAGCCGACGAUAGCACGGCUGCCAUUUUUUCAAACACAUCCACUACGAAGAGACAUCCUCCGCGCCCGUCGCGCAAGCCAGCGGCGCGACUGGCCACCCCGUCCUCACAUACCUCGCCGACGUCCUCUCCGGAAAAGCGCAAAUCGAGAAACCAGAACUCCGCGGGCAAAUCGCUUCAUUCGUAUUUUGCGACGGCGACGGAGGAGCAGCGAUGGAGCAAAGCGGUGGAUACUACGAGCACGCCGGACGCUGUCGAGGAGAUUGAAGACGAGGAGGAUGAUAUUACGUGGGAUUGGAACCGGGAGCAGUCGUCAAAUAUUGGAACGGGCGCUGGGUAUGUCCAGAGGGACAAUGUGAAUGGACGUACACGGCCUCUGGGGCGUGAGGAACAGCCCAAUGGCAGCCAGACGUCUACGGUCUCAAAUGUAUCGAGAACUACAAAACGGUUUCUUUUGCCUGCUGAUGCUGGAAUUGGACGGUCCGCCGGUCUAGUAGAAGGUGGUCAACUGAGGCCAUGGGCGGAGCGAUUUGCGCCAGCCAACCUAGAUGAAUUAGCCGUUCAUAAGAAAAAAGUUGCCGAUGUGCAGAGUUGGCUGGCGGAUGUUUUUGCAGGAAGGAGUAGAAAAAGAAUUCUGGUGCUCAGAGGUCCCGCGGGCAGCGGGAAAACAACCACGAUAUCACUGCUUUCGAAGGCUCUCAGUUACGAUAUUAUAGAAUGGAAGAGUUAUUCUGGGGAGCAAUAUAUGUCGCCUGGCUAUGUAUCGAUGAGUGCCCAGUUUGAGGAUUUUCUGGGGCGCAGCGAUAAAUUUCACAGCCUUACAUUGUCCGGAGAAUCGGACGGUCCUAUACCUGACGCGCGGAAUGGUGACUCUAAUUCUUCUGGGAACUCCAAGCGGAUUAUACUUGUGGAAGAGUUUCCAGCAUCCUUGAGUCCAGGAUCUUCGGCUUUGAUGGCCUUUAGGUCAACUCUCCAACAAUACAUUGCUGCCGCUGUGCCGCCCCACCAACUUCGGGGUGUAUCAGCGGGGCAAGACCUUGGGUUGAGUCCUCCGCUCGUUAUUGUUGUUUCAGAGACUUUGUUAGGUACCGGGGCUGCUAUAUCGGACAACUUCACUGUCCAUAGACUGCUUGGAGCUGAGGUAUCGAACCAUCCCGGUGUGAGUAUUAUCGACUUCAAUCGAAUGGCCCCUACUUUCAUCACAAAAGCGCUAGACCUUGUUUUGAAAAAAGAGGCUCGCGUAUCGAAACGACGGCGGGUGCCCGGACCAGCGGCCCUCAAAGUCUUUGCAGACAUGGGCGAUGUCCGGAGCGCGAUCUCGUCUUUGGAGUUCAUGUGUCUACGGGGCGACGCCGAUGGCAUUUGGAGUGGAACAAUUGCCAGUCGAAUCAGAAGAGGGGUUAAGUCGGUGGGUGUAUUGACAGAGACAGAAAAGGACUCGCUCGAAGCUAUCACCCAGAGGGAAGCAAGCCUAGGGAUCUUCCAUGCCGUUGGAAAGGUUGUGUACAAUAAACGACAGGACCCAACCAUCAUCAUGGGCCCCAGUGCACAAGCUCCUCAACCGCCUGAGCAUCUCCCGCAAUUUGCGCGCCAAAAGGUCUCGGAAGUUUCGAUUGAUAGCCUUAUCAACGAGACCGGAACGGAUAUACAGACAUUCAUUGCCGCUCUUCAUGAGAAUUACAUUCUGUCCUGUACCAGCGACGAUUUUACGGACAUUUUUGCCGACUGCAUCUCAGAACUAUCUGAUGCAGAUGUCCUCAGCCCUGAUGCUCGUCCGGGCGGCCAGCCUAAUCGAGGCGGUACGAGUUUGUCUCGAUUUUCUUCCCUGACCUCAGGAACUAGUAUCGAUGUAUUGCGUCAGGAUGAAAUAAGCUUCCUGGUUGCUGUGCGGGGAUUGCUGUUUUCCCUUCCAUACCCAGUAAAGAGGCGGGCUGUCCCGGGUGUUUCGGGGGGCGAUGUUCAUAAGAUGUUCUUUCCGACCUCCAUGCGAUUAUGGAGGAAGAUUGAGGAAUUUUACGGCCUACUAGAUGUGUGGACUUCAAGGUUAAUGAAUCCAACCUUCUCUGACCGUUCAUCUGGCUCUGCCACGAGGAGUGAGGGAGUGGAAUCCUGGGGAAGUCGCCUGACGUUUGGUGGCGUAUCCCAAAAGGAAGAUGUCCAGGGGCUACCCGCGGCGGGUAGAUUGAUGAUGUCCUCCCAGGAGAUGCUGUUAGACUAUUUACCGUACCUGAGAAUGGUAUCCAAGGAUGCAUCUAAAAGAAGAGAUCUUGCAAAGAUAACGCAGUUUUACGGGUCAUUUGACCGGCACCCAAAUGUCUCUGAUCUCGACCUUUGUUUACUCGAAAAUCCCGAGCAGGAGCACUGGGUAACAGACCCAGUGCCGAAAUCGCCGCAAAAGAAUCGCAUGUCACGCAAUGGCCCGCCAGUGCCGUCUCAUAAAUUACCAUUGCAAGUAAGGGGUUUGGCCCCUGAGGUCGAAACCGCAGUGGAUUCUCUUGUUUUAAGCGAUGACGACAUUGAAGAUUGA